AGAACUAGAGUAUAUAUAUAUAUAUAGAAGGAGCCAUGGAAGGUCUUAAUAGUUGGUUUCUGUCCUGAGAAGUCUUCGAUCUCGAUCACAACACCGCUAUCUCAAUCGGCACAGUCUGUUAUUCUUCCCUGACUAAACAUGGGAGGUGGAAAAGAUAAGGACAAGAAUGGUGGCGAUCAGGAAAAAGGUCUCUUUGGUCAUGGUUAUGGUCAUGGUGCUCCUGGAUAUCCUCCACAGCCUGGAGCAUAUCCUCCUCAAGGUUAUCCUCCUCAAGGCUAUCCACCCCAAGGGUAUCCUCCACAGGGCUACCCUCCCGCUGGUUACCCUCCCGGUGCAUACCCACCAUCUGGUUAUCCUCCUGGCCCAUCUGCUCCCCACCAACCAGGACAUAGUGGUGGGGGCCUGGGGGGGCUGCUUGCUGGGGGGGCUGCUGCCGCUGCAGCCGCUUAUGGUGCCCAUGGUGGGUAUGGCGGAGGCUAUGGUGGUGGUUAUGGUGGUGGUCAUGGAAAAUUCAAGCACGGCGGCAAGCACCAUGGUGGAAAGUUCAAGCGUGGGAAGUUUGGGAAGAAGCACGGAGGAGGGAAAUUUAAGAAGUGGAAGUGAUCAUCCUGCAUGUCAACUGGAUUUAGUCUUGAUUGGCUACGCAUUUGCAGAUUCUGGUUUCUUUGAAUAAAUCCUACUUUUUACCAUCUCCAGCUAACCUUUUUAGCUGACUUUGAUGAUUACAUUGCUGGUCCAACAUAAACAUAAUAUAUAUGUUUGAUUUGUGCUUCCUAUACAUAUGUUGUCCACCUAUAUUGUUCAUAGGUAGCCCAUCAUCGAUCACAGUUCCUUGUCACGGGGCCACUAUGUGAGUUCUUCACCUUGGGUUUUGUUGGCAGGCACCUACGUUUGCUGCUGCGGCGGCGGUUAGGGUUUCCCUGAUUGUUGAUUGUAAUAGAAAAUCCUUUUGUUCUGCUUUCCUCCCUCAAUUGUCACUCAGGAAUGAUUCGUGUCUUGUUUAAUUUUUACCAAUAGGAAGGAACUUAACAGAGUUUGACGGCAUUUUCUGUCA